AUGUUUGAAGCUUUUCCCAGGUCUCGGCUGGAAGGUAUCUCAGGAGGAAGGCUCCACAGGUGGCCCCAGAGCCAGAGGGGGACAGCUGCCAGCGUCCCCAGACAGAGAACUGCCCCUCCACCCCCAUGGCAUGGGAAGCAGGCCCUGGCCACCCCAGGAGAUAGACUUGCUCGGCCUUGCUCACCAGGAGGAAACCAGUCCCUAGGGCUGGUGCAGAGCAGAGAGAGACAACAUCCAGGCCGAGAUGGAGGUGGCCCAAGUACAAUCUGGGCAGGCAGGACUCAGCCCACGGGAGGAGCCAGGCAACACAGCUCUGGGUUUGCUUCUGUGGCAGGGCAGCCCUCAGCCCAGCCGUGUGGGCAGCAGGAGGCAUCCCCAGGGCAGGAGCUGGGGGAUCGCUGCCCCAGCAGCUCAACUGGUGCCGGAGGGGAGAGCGGCCACUCCCUGGAGGCUCCUUGCAACACGGAGGCCGAGUGCUCCUCCAGUGCAGAGACCACCACCGACCAGUCAGAAAAGGACCUUGCCCCUGAGGAAAAGGCAGAGAAGGAUGAAGACUCAGCCGCAGAAAGAGAGAAAGAGGAGGAAGAGCUAGAGACUGAGGAGGAGGAGAAGCAGGAAGAGCAAGUCCUGAUCAUAGAGAAAGAAGAGGAGGACAUGACCACAGAGGAGGAGGAAGACCUGGACCCAGAGGAGAAGGAGAAGGAGGAAAUAUCUAUAGAAGAGGACAAGGUGGAGGAUGAGAACUUGUCUGCAAAAGAGAAGAAGGAGGAAGAAAACUUGGCUGCAGAAGAGGCAGAAGAGGAGGAGGAGAAGAAUGUGUCUGCAGAAGAGGAAAGGAGGAGGAAGAGAACUUGUCAGCAGAAGAGGAGAGAGGAACACCUGAUCAUGGAGCAAAAGGAAGAAGAGAAGGACCUGACCAUGGAGCAGGAAGAGGAGGAAGAGCAGCACCUGCCUGUAGAGGAAGAGGAGGGGGACCUGGCCAUGGGAAUGGAGCACCUUGCCAUGGAGCAGGAAAUGGCCAUAGAGGAGCAGGAGGAAGAGGACCUGGUCACAGAGGAGGAGGAUGUGGCCAUGCAGGGGGAAGAAGAAGAGGCGGAAGAGGAGGUAGAGGACCUGGCUAUUGACGAGGAGGACCCAGGAAUGGAGGAAGAUGAGGAUGUGCUGAUGCAAGGGGAAGAAGAAGGGAAGAAGAUGGAUCUGUCCGUGGAGGUGGAGGAGCAAGAGGACCUGGCCAGAGAGGAGGAGGAGGAGGAAAAGGAGGAGUAGAACCUGGCCACGGAGAAGGAGAGGGAGGACCUGGCCAUAGAGGAGGAAGUGGAGGAGUGGGAGGACUUGGCCAUGGGAAUGGAGCACGUGGUCAUGGAGAAGAAAGUGGAAGAGGAUGACUUGGAUGUCAGGACGAGGAGGGCAAAGCCAAGUCCUCCUCCACCUCCGUGGCCAUUUCUCCCUUGCCCAGAUGCAUAAAUAGGGCAGUAAUGAGUAGGAGCAGGGAGGGGACCUUACCUCUCUCUAUAGCUUUGGUGAGAGAGAGAAUGGAAGGAUGAUGGCCAGUUCUGGUGUCUGUGUUUUAAAAGGAUGGUGUUAAAUUGGAGAGGGUGCAGAAAAGAGUCACACAAAUGAUCUGAGAACUGGAGAAAAUGCCCUACAGUGAGAGACUCAGACUGCAGGUGGGUGAAAUUUAAUGGCCUGGAACAGUCAGGAGAUGAGAUGAGAUGAUCCAAUGGUACCUUCUGGCAUUAAGCUCUAUGACACUCUAUGAAGCAUUGUCUCACCCCCUCUGUCCCCUGCUCCAAUGUGCUUCACCGCACAGAAGGUGGGCUGGACAUCCUGGAAUGGCCCUGCUCCAAAGCGACCCUGGCGGAGAAGACAGAAGUGAGUGAGAGACGGCUGUGGGGACCUGGCAGGAGGGCAGGAAACCUUGGAGAAGCAGGGGGCUCCCUUGGGCAGGGAAGCAGAUCAGUGGCACUGGAGGGGACAGCAGAGAGCAGGGAUUCCUGGGACUGAGGACUGGGCAGCAGCCAAGAGGAAAUUCUGGGUGUAAGCGCUGGGGGCAGGUGAGGAAUUGUGGGACUGGAGGGUAAGGCGAGGCUGGAGGUAAAAAGGUAGGGGGCAGCUACGAGAGGCUGGGUGUGGGCCAUGUUGGAAGGGGAGGAAGGAUUUGGAAGGACAGGGUCCAGCUGUGUUGCCAGAGGAUCCUGCUGGCUGUGAUUGGGCAGCCUCUCUGGGAAGUGCCCAGCGGUCAGUGGGGCCUGAAUCUGACAUUCUCCUUUGGGUCUUACAGGAACUAACUGAGGAGAGGAGCUGCAUCAGGACUCUGGGCCCAGCUCUGUCCUCUCCAGCUCCAGGGACCGCACGUGAAACAUCCCGUACCAGAAGCUCCCGCCUGGUUCCCCCAGCUCCGGUGCUGCUCAGACCCAGAGAUGCUGCCUCCUCCAUGGCCAGGUUCUCCUCCACCUCCUGAACAACCUGCGGUGAUGGGUAAAGGAACCCAUGGCCACACAGAGAUACCAUGGGCAUAGGUGGGGAUUGAAUCUGGGCCCUUCACCACCAAGGGCACAAGCCCUGUCAGGCUCCCAUUCAGGAAGCCAUGGAAGGCUCUGCCUGCAGACACCCCGUCUCCAUUCCCACUGCCAGACUCUUGCCCCGGGUGACAAUGAAGAAGCAGGAGAACUCCUGGGAGAGAACCCCCGGGCUGCACAGUCGGGUGUCAUGGGGACGUCUGUGGGAGCCAUUGACAGAGUGUUCUGUUGGAGCCAUUUUCCUGCUCUGACCCGGGGGUUCUCUGCUCCCAGAAUCUCAGCCAGGGAGGCGACCCUGCAGAACAUGGCCCUGCAGUUUGGCGAUGGGCUGCAGGAGUCACCACAUAGGUGUGCAGCAGCCAUAGUGCCUGCAUUGACCAAGGGCCAAAACCUGCAGCCCUCACAGCCCAAGCUACCCCCACGGAUGGCAAUGGGAGUGUAGCCUGGGUAACUAGCUGCUGGGGCAGGGCAUAUAGAGAGAGGAUCAGAGAUGCAGCAAACCACUGGGCAGAGAAGGGAAGAAUGUAAGGGAAAGAGGAGAGCGAGGACAUCUGGGGAGCUGCUGCAGUCAAGGGACCCCAGCUGGAAGAGAGAAGCUGGGUGGGUUAGACCCACAAAGUCCUGCAUCUUGGCAGAAGUUAGACUAGAUGAACUUUGCUAGAGGCGGCUAGUUAUAUUGGCCUGUGGUGCCCGGGCUCCAGCAAAUUCAGGACCCCAGGGGGACCCAGCUCCGCUAAUGCUCAGGACAGAGCUUCUCCUCUGGCCCUGCCUGCUGCCCCCGCGUGCCUCCCUCGAGCAUCCCUGCCUGCCCCGUGCAGCUCCGUGCUGCGCUCCCUAACCGGCUGCUGCCACUGAAGGCUACAAGGGAAUGGCGCCAGGGGCCGGCUGAGGCGGCUGCUGUGCCUGUGGAGGGAGGAGGCGCAUGGCAGCCUUCCUCAUCCCCCACCCCCUGGCAGGUGAUUCUGAGUCGAAUUUGAUGGGGGGGAGGGGUUUAUCCUGGCUGGAUCUCCUAAGCAGAAGCCUGGUGGGGCUUGGGUGAGUGUCUUGUCCCUGUGGUGAAUCCUCCCCUCUGGUCCCCCAUCCAGCAUGCCUGUUGCACCCCAAACUCUUCAUCCCUGGCCCAGCUCCACACCCUGCACC